ACAUUACACAGUAUUUAAUAUUCUCGAUCUCUUCUCUGUGCGAUGCUUCGUAGCGUCCUCUCUCGUUUAAAUGAGGACCACAAUUGUAGUAUGUUUCUUGGCGCUGGUGGCGUUCGCCGCUGCCCGACCGGAGAAAUACACGGAUCGCUUCGACAAUGUCAAUGUUCAAGAGGUUUUAAGUAACCGAAGAUUGCUCUCAGCUUACAUCCUGUGCGCGCUUGAUAAAGGCAAAUGUACAAACGAGGGCCGUGAACUAAAAUCUCACAUUAAAGACGCAUUGGAGAAUAAUUGCGAAAAUUGUACUGACAAACAACGCCGUGGAGCAAGAACCGUUAUUGCCCACUUGAUCAACCAUGAGAAGGGUUUCUGGGCAGACCUUACCGCUAAAUACGAUCCAGAGCACAAAUACGUCGUUAAAUAUGAACAGGAAUUAACAGAGAUCAAAAAGGAGUAAAGUUGAUGUUCCAUAUACAUAAAAAGCCCUUUCUUCCUUAAGUUAAAACUGUGAUAGAACUUCAUUCAUUAUUGUACAAAAAUAGCUACAAAUAAACUCUUAAUAUUGAGUUUGAGAUCAUCAGUAAAUUACAUAUUUUUAGGGUACAUUUAUUAAUUACAAAAGCUAAUAAUUUUAAUACUUGUUGAGAUUAAAAAAACUUUCAGGGUAUCUUCCUGUCGUAAUAAUAUUUAAUUAAUUUGCAAUAUUAAAUGUUAAUCGCUUAGGAUAUAAAAUGAGAUUAUCAGUUGUCAUUUUAAAUCAGAUUUUAUUUUACCAUUGUCUUCUGUGCUUAAGUAAUCAAUGGAUGAUUUGUCAAUAAUUUUAAUGUAGUGUUAGAUAAGUUUAAUAAAUUAUUUCAUUAAUA